AUGACACAAUCUUGUUGCUGUAGUCAUUCAUCGAAGGGAAACUCCCACAGGAAAAGGCAUAAAGCUGCUCAGGGAAGGCUAAGGAGCCGCUCAGUGCUCCUCAGUCAAACAUUGGGUUGGAUUCACAACAUGGGUACCAGCCAAGGCCCGUUCCAGCUUUUCUCUGGGUCCCUCCGGGGUAGUGCAGGGUGUGGUUUGGCCCAGCAAGGAACUUCUUACAGACCUUCAAGUGCAGAUGGUGGUGCCAGCAGCUCCCAAACCUCCUUCUCCUCUGCCAGACCCCUCUGGCUGGCUGCCGGAGGAGGGGCAGCCUGGGGAGGCUUCGGCGAGCACUAUGGGGAGAGCAUCUUCCUGGGGGGCAAUGAGAAACAGACUAUGCAAAACCUGAAUGACCGUUUGGCUGCCUACCUGGAGAAGGUCCGCUCCUUAGAAGCAGCCAACGCUCAGCUGGAGAGCUGCAUCCGAGAGUGGCACAAGACAAAAUCUCACAGCAAGAGGCAUGACUUCAACCAGUACGAGCAGAACGUCACUGACAUGCAAAGACAGAUUGAGGAUAGCAAGAUCACCAAUGCCAGCAUCCUUUUACAAAUUGAUAACGCCAACAUGGCAUCUGAAGACUUCAGGCUCAAGUAUGAAGCAGAGAAGUCUCGCAGGCAGGGAGUGCAGCUUGAUGUUGAGAACCUGCGUAAGGAGCUCGAUGGCCUGACUAUUAUUACAACAGACCUGGAAAUGGAAAUUGAAGGCUUGAGAGAAGAGCACAUCCUCAGGAGGAAAGACCAUGAGGAGGAUAUGGAAGCAAAUCGCUCAUCACAAGACUUCAAAGUCAAUGUAAAAGUAAAUGCGGCACCUCCUGAAGACUUAGCCAAGAUCCUCGCACAAAUAAGAGAAGAUUAUGAAGCCAUAAUUGAAAAGAAUCGUCAAAGCCUGGACAGUUGGUACAAAGAACAGAGCACAGCUCUGUCUCUGGCAGCAGCCCCCAACCCCGAGCAGAUGCAGCGCAGUGAGAACGAGAUCAAGGAUCUCACACGGACUCUGCAGUCCCUGGACAUCGAGCUGCAGGCACAGAUGAGUAAGAAGCGCAUGCUGGAGGACACCUUGGUGGACACUCGGAAUUACUACGCUGCUGCGCUGCAAAACAUGCAGCAGAUCAUCUCCAAAUGUGAGGAAGAGCUGAGCCAGGUCCGGCAUGACAUUAAGCAGCAAAAUAACCAAUACAAGGUUCUUCUUGGGAUCAAAACCCGCCUGGAGAAGGAAAUUUCCACCUAUCGCCUGCUGCUGGAAGGGAAUGUUGACGGGAUAGCAAGAAAAUCCGAAUCAAAAGCUAAAGAACACGCUGGGCUGAGCAAUCGGAAGAUCAAAGCAAUUGUCCACGACAGUGUGAACGGGCAGGUGGUCUCCUCCACCGUCAACGAGAUCCACCAGCAAGUAUGAAAUCAGGGUUCUGCCCACUCCUGCUGUGCCCCUUCUCUGCAACUACGUGCUGCACGUUGGUCUCCCAGGGUGUAGGACAGGGAUAUUACACUGAACUCCCUCCUGCAAUGAUCUGCAGCCUAAUCAUGACGAGUGCCACACAGAGCUAGGUAGAGCUGACAUUGUCAGGUUAAAGAGGUUUCAGUCAUCAAAAUGCUGAAGAAAAGCUAUGAAAACGACUGGCUGAGCUGGUUAACAUAUAUAUAUAUAUAUUAUGCACAUCUCACCGGGGCAGGAAUCUCCAUCUGUGAUUCAUUUAUUGCUCUGCAAAUUAACUAUAAUUUAAAGUGAAUAAUCUCUCAACUUCUCUUCUGGUCUUAUGUCUCUCAUCAUAUACCUCACUGCAGUCAAUAAACUCUUUUCCACCA